AUGCGUUACGAGAGUUGGGAUGUGCUUCUCUUCCCUGAGAAUUCCAAAGUGCCAAUUCAAGAGUUCAAGACACAAUGCUUUGUGAUCAAAGAUAGAGGAUCCCCUUAUCUGCACAGUCCUGCUCUCGUCAAUCCGGCGCCGUAUUGCCUCCCUCAAGGAAACAUGGGUCUGCUACCUGUGCUCACAACUUUCAUCCCAAGUGUAUCGCCGAAUACUCCGUUUCGGGUGUCGGUUCAUAGCUGGGAGAGGCCUCGGCCUAGUCGGCUGAUGGAGAGCCUGCUGCAACCCGAUGAUGCCUUGCUUUUUGAAGUCCGGAUUUUCAUUGAUGGUCUUUUUGUCUCUGGUAGCGUCUUUGGCCAGAGGACUAAUUGGCCCCAUGUCAUUGAUAUCGACAAGAGCGGAAAUCAGGAUAACCUGCGUUUCCCGCCAUUUCACCAGGAGAUUUUAGAGCAACAGCACUGGGACGCUGGUGAGCUUUAUGGUAGAAUUAGGAUAGUGAUCUCUGAAGGCUUUGCUCGGCCACAUCGCAACCCACCUUUUGAGCGUGUUAAAGAAGUAGUUGCUUUUGCUUUUCAGCAUGCACCUUUGCAGGUAUUGGAGUAUUCCAGUAUUGCUUGGCCUAAUGCCUCCAUGUGGAGCCGAGAACCUCGUCUAUUCAAAUACAACUCUAGAGGUGAGCUUAGUGACUUGAAAGAGCCAGAGGACACGCAUGCCCACUCGCCCACCCGACAUGGUAUUCGACAGUUAGCGACCACAAGCAGCCAAAUCAGCAACCCAGCAGCACACGGCGCUUGGACAUACCGAAACUAUCAAGGGCCUAUUCCCCAAAUGCAAGGCAGUCUCCGAGAAUCACGAUGGCCCCAACAGGAACAACUUAUGCCGGAUCCUUUCAUCGACCCUUAUGUGCUUGAUCCUUCCGCACGCCAUCGAGGUGCAAGACCCUCUUCGGAGGAUGUAUCUAUGCCCGACUAUGUUUCAAGUUCAACCAGUAGUCGAGCUAUCUCACACAUGACUGGCAUUAGCUACGAGCAUAGCAAACACCCAAGCAUCAUUUCCCCUAUUGACGAGGAGUCCUAUAACCAACUUUUUGAGGUCCUAAGUCCUCCAAAGCCCCUGUCCUGUGGUACAAAAGCGCCCACAAACACGCCUUCCGCCACAUUACCUAUAAGUCGGAAGCUCUCUGUUGCAGCUGAAGCGCGGUCAGCAUCCUAUAUUAUUAACAACGGGAACAGAGGAUCGCUUCCAAAGGAUAAAUCGCAUCUAGGUACUAGAGACGUCUCGGAAGCCAGUGCUAAAUCCAACCUGUCUGCCGAGCCUGCUACUGAUACCGCAGCAACGAGCAAGCUCCCUGUCGGCCUAAAUGUCCAGAUUAAAGGCAGGAAGGAGGGGAUGGUGUCGGAUAAGAAGGAAAACGAGAUCAUAGUGGAAACUCCGCGAAGAGAAAGUGACAAGGUCCACCAUACUGGGUCCAAGACAGCCGUGCGUACCAGUGGGAACUUAGAGACUCCGACUGGAUGUAGAAGAAGACGGUCCACAGGUUCUGCUCGCAGGGAAAGUCUCAGUUUUUCCAAAGGAGAGCCAACUCUGCUUUCUCCAGCACAAGAGUUGUCUGAAACAGAUGACCUUCUCCGACGGGUUGGCCUCGAAGAACUUCUUGGACCAGGAAGCCACCGUGCAGGUUCUGUAGUCGAGGUGGCUGAGAUUGACUAA